UUCAGAGCCAAGUCGCAUCGCAUCCCCGCAUUGACCGGAAGCAGCCAAACCUAGCCGAAGCAGCGCCACGGAUCCGAGCGCGCCCAGCGCCGCCGCCACUGCGGCUGCCGGGAUGGAGCCGGAGGUCGACAGCACCAAAGCCGCCGCCGGCAACCGCAAGCACCUGGCCAUGCUCGAGCGCCUCUCCAAGCGCACCGCCGCCUCCUCCGCGGCCUCCCCCGAGGCGUCCCCCGUCGCCGCCUUCCUCUCUCGCUUCGCCGCAGCCAAGGCCGCCGCGGAGUCCGCCCUCUCCGCCUGCCGCUCCUCCCCCGACGGCGCCGCCGCCUCCCUCGCCGCGGCCUCCUCCGCCGUCGACGACCUCGAGCGCCUCGUCGCGGAGGCCUCCCACUCCCUCCCGCCGUACGAGCUCCGCUCCGCGCUCGCCGCCGUCUCCGACCUCCGUGCCGCCCACAAGCUCGCCGCCUCCGAGAUCCGGCCCAAGAAGUCAUUCUCCUUCAGGAACAAGAGCAAAGCCACCAAGAACCCCCCGCAGGAUCCUCCCGCCCUGCCCCAGCCGCCUCCGGAGCAGCCAAAGCCUAACCCCGAUGCGAUCCUGCCAGGGUUUGGGUUCCGGAGCAGGAAUGGCGCUACCUUGGUGAAGGAUCUGAGAGCUGCCAACGAGAAGGAUGGAGAUUUCACGCUUGCUGAUCUGGUUUCCUGUGAGGUGUACCUCAAGGGCAAAUGCCGGGCGCUGUACAUUCACAAGUUAAGAGAUUGCCGCGUAUACAUUGGCCCUGUUUUCGGCUCGGUGCUCAUAGAGGAUGUUGAGGGCUGUACAUUUGUGAUGGCGGCGCAUCAGAUCAGGAUCCACGAAGCGAGGGAAACAGAUUUCUACCUGCGGGUGAGGAGCAGGCCGAUCAUUGAGGACUGCAGCGGUGUGAGAUUUGCACCACAUGCUUUGAAGUAUGAAGGGAUCGAAGAUGAUCUGAGGGACUCUGGGCUUGCCGAGGACACUGGUAACUGGGCCAAUGUGGAUGACUUCAAAUGGCUCAGGGCAGUGCAGUCACCAAACUGGUGCUUGGUUCCGGAGGAAGAGCGCCUGCCGAUUGUCGACAUUUCAGAAGUUCAGGAACGGGAGGAUUGUAAGUGAGCUGCUCGGGAGGUUUCUUUCUCGGCCCCAGUUUUGGAUUAAUGUUAUGGACUGGUUGAAUCUUGAUGCUUUUGGUGAUUACAUGUUCCGUUUGCUGAUGUUUAUGAUCUCAUUGUAUCUUGAGCUCGCCGAACUAAGGAUUGGAAGCAUGAGACCCUUCAACGCGUGUCCAGAAAGGCGUUGAUUAUUUCAUAGUUAUGCAUACUUAGUAAGAUGAUGCAGUUUUCUGGGAAGAAGCAUACUUUGAAUUUUGGUCGAUAGCAUUGGAAUACAUGCAUGUUUAUUCGGUUGUACAAUUAUAUUGGUUUAUCCAAUUCUGUGACCUUGAGUGCUCCAUAAGUUGAGGAAUUUAUAAUUUGGCAGGAAUGCAUGUUUUUGUGGUACUGGUA